CACAGAUAAAGUAGCCCUGGAACCACGUGCCAUCGCUAGGGAAGCACAACGCUGCACGGCCUCCGGAACUUGAGAAAGUUGCCAUCGUUCCUACUCACCAACCGAUAUUCUACCGGUUUGUCAAUAAAUAAAAAUCUAAUGGAGUUGCGCUGCUUGACGGACGACGCGGCACUUGUUCGCGCUGUGCAGAAGCUCAACCUAGGCGUGUUGCCUGUGCAGCCCCCUACGUUCUGCUACCGUCGCGCGGAGAAGGAUAAACACCGUCUCUCGUGGGCUGCAGUAGACGGAGAAAUAGUGACUGGAGCAGGAAUUGCCGACCUGGAAUUAGAGCGAGACGGACGACGAUCUGUGCAGCUUCGCACACUGGCAGUAGCCUCACAAUUCCGACGUCAAGGGAUCGGAAAGAAAUUAGUGACGAGAAUAAUCGAGCAAGCGAAGGAAGCACGGAAGGAGGGAGAUCAAGUCGAAGGGGUUCGUCUUCAUGUUCAUGCCGGGAAUGACGAGGCAUUGGCGUUCUACAAGGCACUGGAUUUCGUUGAAAAAGCCCGUGUGGAGGACUAUUAUCGCCACUUAGAGCCACGUACAGCGGUCGUGAUGGAGUAUUCUCUGUAGCGAUCAAAACAUAGAGAGAGAACAACUGCAUUACUUGGGUUAAACGACACUAACCAGUUCAGUAGUAGGCCUUAAAGGUGGCCUGUGUGAAGUCGUCGUAACUCAUGUCGUUGUUCCAGCGAGAGAGGAGUGGGGGUACACCCUUAGGUAAGUUCUCGGUCUUUCCAGC